AUGGAAGCCAGCAACCCCGCAAUUCGCCUCAUAUGGUAUCUUUGUUGUUUCUUUUGUUUUGAUUUGUUCAUUAACACAGAAAAGCUUCACUGGCCUGAGCAAGAACUGGCUAAGAAGUCUAUCCUGAAUGCAGAAGAGUCACUGGUCACUGUCCGCAAAAGGAAUGUCCCACAGUUACCUCCCGGAAUACUGAAGGACAUUUUCACCACUGGGACCAGUAGUUACAAUGUCCUCCUGCAGAGCAAAGAGGAGAAAAGGCAUCAUGCACAAAAGCGGUCUUCCUCCACCCACUCCAAAAGAUGGAACAGCCUAGCACUGCCACCUAAACCCCACAGCAAGGUCAAGCGGCACCACUUCACUCUCCCCAAGCCGAAGCCGCAGCCACAGCCACAGCCACAGCCACAGCUGUCUAGAAGUUUUGAAAAAGGAGAUGACUCUUCGGGAAGGAAAUUUUGUAUACUGACUGCUAUAAAGCCCACCAACCUGGAGAAGGAGAAGCUGAGAUUCUUCAAGUCCGACUACACCUACAACCCUCAGUUUGAGUACGCUAACCCUUCUCUGCCAAGUGUGCUAGCCAAGCACUGCAACGUGUCUGGCCGAUUCCUUAAGCAGUCCAUCCAUAUUAUGGAACUGACUUUGCAGAAAUACGGAAGUUAUGAGAAGUUUGAGCAGGCCACGGGUGGGAGCCUGCUCUCGAAGCCUCGGAUCUGGAGCCAUGUCAGGAAGUACAUGCUGAAAGAAGGCUGCCUGGGGGAGAUUGUAGUCCACCUCACCGAGGACCUGCUUUCCCGAGCCUCCAUGACGGUAGUGAAUGGAUGUCCGACGCUGACCAUCAAUGUUUCCACUGCACGAGAGCACUGGCUGGAGGGAAUGCUGAGGCACGAGAUAGGCACACAUUAUUUCCGAGGCAUUAACAACCUCCAGCAGCCAUGGAACAGUUGGACUGGCCGCAAGAAGCACGAGCUGAAGCCAAACAAUCCCACGGAGGAAGGGCUGGCAAGCAUUCACAGUGUCCUGUUCAGAAAGGACCCCUUUUUGUGGAGGGCUGCCCUCCUCUACUACACCGUCUAUCAAGCCAGCCAGAUGUCCUUCUGCGAACUCUUCAGAGAGAUUGGGAAGUUUGUCAAGGACCCCAACACGAGGUGGGAUUACUGUGUGCGCGCCAAGAGGGGCUGGACCGACACGUCCCAGCCAGGGUGUUUCAGUAAAGACCAGGUGUACCUGGAUGGCAUCCUGCAGCUCCUGCGGCACCGGAAGACCAUCGACUUUCCCCUGCUGACCGCCCUGGGGAAGGUCUCCUAUGAAGACGUGGCCCGUUUGAAAGGCCUGGCAGUCACUGAGAACACGAGGGUCCCUCACUUCCUGCAGGACCAGGAGCGGUACAUGGAGCACUUGGAGAGGAUCAUGGAAGUGAACGAGCUGACCGACAGGGAGCUGAGGGACCUUAUAUGCUGACCAGCAUCCUUGCAGACAUGGCGAGACUGCGCCCUUGUAUAUACCUUUUGGUGCCCUUAGCAUCAGCAGAUUUAUAAAGGAAGGACUGUUUACAUGCGCUUUCCGCAGACUGGUCUCAGUAUGCAGCUGAAUGUUUAGAUUAAGGACAAACCUUAAACUGUUUCCCAAAAAUGUUUCUACAGGCUGCAGGGAAAGUUACCUGUUUUCAUCUGACUCUCAGCAGAGUCAGAUGAAAAUCCUGUGAUGAGUGUUUUUGAAGAAUCUUGGUCAGAUUGAGCGAUAGACUUCUGCCUGAGCACCAGGACUGGCUUCAGCUGGAGGCUGCGUCCCAGUGCUGCUCAGACUCCAAGGUUGUGUUUUAUUCCACAAGUGUGGUAAUUAGCUCUGAAAAAUUAGUUUUGUUAUGUCCCCAAAACUAGCUAGAUCUCAGAUUUCCUGUUUCUCUUACAUGUUAAGUAAUGUUAAGGGGGAGACGAUUUGAAAAGCUUUCAUUACUUAUUUUACACAUUAUUAUUUCACCCUGCCAGUGUAUAGGAGCUAAAUUAGAGAAUUCUUACUUUGUCCAGUUAUCCCUUCACUAAACUGUUUUCAUUUCCUGAAACAAACUGAACCCCUUCAAAAUUUUAACCAAGUUUUAGGGUCUUUCCCUCUCUGUUCCUUUAUAUAAAUGGUAAGUACCAGUUCCAGAGAGGUUUAUCUACAUAAAUUAAAAUAGUCCGGGAAAACAAAAGCUAUUCACCUUUUCAGUAAAUGGAGCAACAAACGGGAUAGACAGACUGAUCUACUUCCUGUAGCAGCCGGAUGCUGACGGGGCAGCAUCUACAGGAAACCUGCCCUGCUCUGAAAGUUGGUGUUCCUGGGCACUGCCAUCUGAUGAGCUGGCCUUGUGAGAUCGGCUCGGUGUACUUUAUUGAAAUCUUUGACUUCGUCAACCCAACAGUGACAGUUUAAAUUUCUAAAAUGAGAGUUCUGAUUUGCUACAUUUCUCCUGCCAAAAGCUUACCCACCUGGCUUUAUAGUUUGUCAAUUUUGAUAUAUACUUAUAUUUACAUACUUGCGAUCAAAUGGUUCCUCAAACAACUUACUUUAAUGAUCAGAAAGAAUACAGCUGUAGACACCCCAUUUAAAACUGCUACUGUAAUAGAAAUAAAAUUAAAGAAUAACGACCUUCCCUCCCCAUAAAAACCCACAUAAAAUUACCACUGUAAUUUCUACCCACAGCUACCUGAGAGUUACCUCAAUUCCGGCUUCACUAUGGUGCUAACGCUAGGUGUGUGCGGUCAUGCUGGGAGGUGACUGCAGAUCUUUCGCAGGCUGGGUAUGUGGUUUUCUCAUUCGUGCGCCCGGAAGGGCUUCCUUGAAGGAGACGGGUGUACUCUAGCGGAAGCCUGGCAGCUCCUGCAGAGCCCUGCAUCCAGCUUCACCCCACUUCGCAGUCAUGGGCCAGGCCCUUGGGAGCAUGGGAGGCGCCCACCCUGUGCCUGUGCCUGUGCCAUAGGCCUGGGGGUGGCUGCACGUCUCCGGGUGGCUGGGCACAGUGCUCGCACUUCUCAGACUCUGCAGAACCCACUGCCCCCUCGCGCAUUGUUCCCUCGGAGAUCAUCCAGGCUCAGCUCUGCGUCCUGUUUCUGCCUUCAUCUUCAAACUUGUCAGAGGGGACUGCAAACAGCGUCUCAUUGGCUGGGACCAGGCUCGGACGGAAGGGCAGCAUCUGUGUCCUGUGGCUUAAGCUCAACUGCUCGGGAGCUCAGCCCCAGCGGCAGGAACACUGCUCUUCCACGCGUGGCUCAGAUACAAGCGAAACCACAGCAGCCUCCGCUUCCUGCUGGUGCAUGAUGGGCAGUGACCAGGCCCAAGGUUAAAAUGGACAGACUCUCUCUCCCUUUACCUGGUUUGGGGAAGAAAACCUUUCUCACCUGAGUGCCAGGUAUAAAAACAAAAACAUGGGCACCAUCCGGACAGAGAAUGUCGAUUUUCUUAAGACACUUUAAAAGUCAGCAAUGAACCAAAAACAGUUUCAGAUUAGUAGAAAAGCUAAGCUUUAAAAGUUGGGAUUGAAGAUUUAACUAAGGUUAUUCUCUGUCCUGAAAUAGCAUUAUACUGUCAGUUUUAUUCCUAAAUAGAAGUUUUAAUACAUAGGAAAUUAUAGCAGCAGUACUCGGGAAUAAUUGAAGAUCACAUUAAUUUUAAUAAUAAUUUGCCCUACACUAUUGACACUUAGGAUUUCAUCCAUUUUGUCUCCUGAAAUUUAACACAUAGUAUCACAUACAAAUUCCGAUGAACUAUUUGGUUUUCACACAAGACAGGAUUCAAAGUAAAAUGGUUGACAAAAUUCCAUAGUCUUCAUUUCUCUAUAUUUUCACCUUUGUAAAAGUGUUUCAAGUUUGUACGGUUGGUUUUGUAAAACUUUGACAUUUUGUGUCUCGAUAUAAUAGAAAUAAACAGCACUGAGGUUCUUUCA